AUGGCCCAACUCGAUGGAGUCGCGCCCGAACAGUCCUGGGCUACGGCACCAGCCACUGCGCCACCCAGUUCAUUGGCCACUUCGCCAAGAAGGCAGCUCAAAGUAGGGACAGCCUCGAAGAGCUCAAUCGAUCGUUCUGCAAUAUGCAGCCUUUCUCCAGCAGAUUGGCAAUAUGUGCUUCCUCAGGCUAGCAUGGGCCGGUGAGACCAAGUUUAACAUUGCCAGCACCCCGCAGAAGCGAAAGUCGUAUGUCAAUGGAAUUACACCCAUCCGCUGACUAACACUUUGCACAAAUAUUGCAAACACAUAGAGUAUGGAGAACGGAGAAGCGUCCGGACAGCGGACAAAGCUAUGGCAAUGGACGUUCUCCCUUACUUGUACUAGACGUGCAGAAGCACGUUGUGGGGCAUCCGCUGAUGUACUUUCAGCAGUACAGGCGGGGUAAGUUUACGAGCACACCUUGGUUGGGGCUGAGGUUGGCCUUUGCAAUUUAUGCCGGCACGGCUGGGUAG